AUGGCUGCAAUAUUAGAGCCCCAUGUCUGAGAUGACGUAGAAAAGUGAGACAAGAUGAUUUGAAUGCCUUGAGAUCACUUCAUCAAGCAUUCAAGUGUCCUAAUUGAGGGAAAGGCACACUUCUGACCAAUUUGUAUGAACUUCCCUUGGGGAAAACCUCAAUGAAAAGAGAUCAAGUAUGUGGUAUCUGAAGACAUUGAGCUUUUGUCUCAGAAUUUUCCGGAGUUUCAGGAUGAAUUAGAUGUCAUAUUCAAUACCCAGCCAUAUAAUUUUAAGCAAGACCAAAAGAAAGAUUCUAAAAAUUUUUCAGAAGAAUUUUAUCCCUCGAGUAAAGAUUUUGGGACAGAAAAAUGAAUCCCUGGGAUUUUAGUACCCUUUUCUAAGAACCAAAUAAAUAAAAAUUUUGAAGAUCUUUGUAAAAUCAAGAGGAAAAGAAGAUUUAAAGAAGUCGACCCAAUGGCAUACAUGAUUGAAGAUUUUGAAAUUGUGAAGAAAGACUUCUAUGAAUGCGAACACAAUGUGACCUUGUACAAGGAAAAAUCUGUAUUUCUUCGUUCCAAUAUUCAAUUUCUCAGAAACAAGAAGUCCGCAACCAAGAAUGUCUUCUGAGCUAUCGACUCAGAGUUCGCUAACGAUGCUGUCAAAGAGUGCAAAGUAGAACUCUCAAAACUGCUUCAGCAAUUUAAAGAUAUGAAAGUUACUCAGAAAUAAUCCAAUUUUUAAGA